AUGUAUAAAGUAAUCAGUGGAGACAGUGUAAAGGUGCCACGGAAAUGCUUAUUCUUCCAGAACCGAGCCAGCCCCCGUGCAAAUUUCAUUCUCUGGUUGACAUCACUUGGCAGACUAUCUACUAAGGAUAGACUAGUGAGAUUUGGACUGAUUCAGGAUACUAAGUGCUGCUUCUGUCAACAGAUGGAAACGAUGCAACACCUUUUCUUUGCGUGCGAUUAUUCUAGUAAAAUCUGGGAGGAAAUGUUGCAAUGGAAUGGAUACAAGAGGACUGCCACUACUUGGGACAAGGAGAAACUAUGGCUGAUCAAAGAGAUAGCAAAGAAAGGUUGGCGUAGAGAGAUUUUGAGGAUAAUUCUAGCUGAGACUAUAUAUCAUAUUUGGUAUGAGAGAAACGAGGUAUUGUUUAAGCACACAAGACCGAGUAUGAACAUCUCCCGUCGAAUUAAGGAUAGAGUGAUGAAUAGAAGCCUUUUGUAUAGGAAGCUAAUUCCACAUGUUAGUGUUAGAAAUGAUAGCUUGAUAUAA